AAUAGAGAGUUAGAAAGUUUAAAACAUCAUUAAUGAGGGCCCGGCCCGCACACUCUCUUAAUUUCUUCCUAUAAAUACACUUCCCCAAAAUCCACCAAAUCACAAACCAAAAAAAUAAAAAAAUGGGUUCAAAAAUCAUCAUCAGCAAUCCAACGCUCCAAAUUCACUCAAAUGCCAAUCAAUUUCCCAAAACACAUUUCCCCCAAAAUAUCUCCUACGUGUCCCAGCUCAGCAAAUCAAGAAUCCCAACCCGAAACCCAUCAGGAGCCCCGAGGGCCCACUCCGCGGCCCAAAUCUCUGCCUUGUACGCUCCGGCCCAAACCAAGGAAACACUGUAUGAACUGCUGGGAAUUGCAGAGAACGUGAGCAGCUUUUCCGACAUAAAAAAAGCGUACAAACAUAUGGCUAGAAAGUACCAUCCCGACGUUUCUCCACCGGACCGAGCGGACGAGUAUACGAGGAGGUUUAUCAUGGUACAUGAGGCCUACGAAACCUUAUCCAAUCCGCAAACCAAAGCUCUCUACGACAGAGACUUGGCCGUCGGCGCCGCUUUUCCGAAUUCUUGGAGGAAACAUCAGGGAAUGGAGUGGAGAAGCAGCUGGCAGUCUCAAUUGGACGAACUGCAGCGACGCGAUUGUAGGGAGAGGUCGUCGUGGGGUUCUCGAAUGCGAAAAUGCUAAUUUUAUUCGGGGGGGGGGGGGGGGGGGGUCAUGUAAGAAAAUAUGCAUGUAAGUGAAAUCAUGUAGGAAAAUAUGAUGUAGAUACAACGA